CACAGCGUUGUCAGCAGGAGGUUUUCCUGGUGCCCACAAGGCCUCAGCGUCCAGAGCAGCUCUUGGCGUGCUCCUUGCAGGAGGAUCACCUCGUCUGAGUUGUUCUCAGAUUACGGCCGGUGUCCUUUUGUUUCUCUAUUUUCUUGCACAGUCCUUGGACUGGUGCAAGUGUCCUGUUUUACCCCUUUUUACUUGCAUAGUCUCAGGACUUGUGCAAGUGUCCUGUUUUUCCCCUUUUUACUUGCACAGUCUCAGGACUUGUGCAAGUGUCCUGUUUUACCCCUUUUUACUUGCACAGUCUCAGGACUUGUGCAAGUGUCCUGUUUUUCCCCUUUUUACUUGCACAGUCUCAGGACUUGUGCAAGUGUCCUGUUUUGCCCCUUUUUUACUUGCACAGUCUCAGGACUUGUGGAAGUGUCCUGUUUUACCCCUUGUUACUUGCACAGUCUCAGGACUUGUGCAAGUGUCCUGUUUUACCCCUUUUUACUUGCACAGUCUCAGGACUUGUGCAAGUGUCCUGUUUUACCCCUUUUUUACUUGCACAGUCUCAGGACUUGUGCAAGUGUCCUGUUUUUCUCCUUUUUACUUGCACAGUCUCAGGACUUGUGCAAGUGUCCUGUUUUCCCCCUUUUUACUUGCACAGUCCCGGGACUUGUGCAAGUGGGGAUUUUUUCCAUUGUUGUUUCCUGGCCUACGGACUCGAGCAGCCCUGCUCAAAGGAUGGAGCGAGUCCGUAGAGCAGUCAGAAGCGCCUUUUCAUUGGCGGCUUCUCGGAAAGCUUUUCUUCGUUUGGCUGCUCGCCUCAGAGGUGGAAGGAGUCAAGCGCGCGCUUCGGUUCCGCUAGGAGAGGAUCUUGCCAGUCAGGACUCCUGGGCCCAGGCAGGAAAGGCGGAGCGGCAGGAGAGCACGGACGGAGUGCACGGCGCCCAGGAGUUCAGGUCAGAGAAGGAGAGCCUGCAAAGCAGCCUGCUGGAGGCACAGCAGCACAUAUGGGAGCUGGAGAUGGCCAGGAGCCGUGUGGAAGCCCAAGUGUGCAGGGCCAGGCAGGCCAAGGAGGCGAUACUGGAGGAUGUGAGGGGCCUUCGUUGUGAGCUGCUGGCUGUAAGAGCUCUCAGCCAGCAGCAAUGUGAAGACAUGGCUGAACAGCUGCGCUGGGCACAAGAGCAGUGCUGCAAGGCUCUGAGACUCUGGCAGUCUGCCCAGGAAGAGGAAAAAAUGAAUCUCAUGCAAGAACUGGAGAGACAACUGGAAGAGCAGCAUGUGGAGGCACGGAAGCAGCUGGAGGAAUGGGCAAACUUCCUGGCAGAGACCUCCUUGCUGUGCUCCACUGGCGGGGAAAUGAAGAAGAGACAAUUGGGAAAAUCUUUAAUCCCCCGUCUGUGCAAGGCAGGAAUUCCCCCUGUGGGCAGUGCUGCUGGGUCUGUGCACAGCUCUCCCCAGAUGGAAUUGCAGGAGUCCCAGGAGAUGAGGGCAAGACCCAGCAGCAGAAGCCAAGAGAAGACCCCGGAGCAUGCAAGCCUCUCACUGAGUCAGGCCAAGGAGACAGAUCAUCCCAGCAGUCCUGGUCUUAGGAGUGACAAGGAGCGGAGGGACAGCUUUGGAAAGACCCACGCUGAAUUGUGCAGGUUGGCUAAAGAGAACUUAGAGCUGAAGAAAAUGGAGAUUUUGAUGGAAGAGAUGAAGAGGAGACAAAAUGAAAAAUCCUUGCAACUUCCUCCAGAGACAUUUGAGCCUGGGGAUGCAGCUGAAGCAAGCUUCAGCCUACCACCUAUCAAUGGCACAGUUUCCAGUGUACAGAGAAAAGACCCCGGUAGCGCCAUGAAGAAAACGGUCGUGAGAAAGCAGGACACGGUGCCCUUACAGCCCAGUACGCCCACCCUCCCUGGAGAUGGCAGCUUCCCACGCAGCUCCUCGGAGACCUCGCAGACAGCCACUGGUGCCCAGCGCCAAGAGGAGCCGCUCCGUGGGCACAGGCAGAAGGACAGAGCCUUUUCGGACCCACAGCAGGCCUUGCAGGAGGCACUGUCCUUGCUGGGCAGCGACGACUGGGAACAGAAGAAGAAGGGACUCUUGAACAUCACACUGCUGGCUGAGUCCCAUUCAGAAGUCCUGCUCUGUCGACUUCGUGAGAUUUGCUUGGCAGUUACCAGUGAGGUGACCAACCUCCGGUCCAACGUGUCCUGCUCUGCAAUUGUCACUCUGGGAGAGCUCUUUGCGAUCUUGGGGAAGGACAUGGACUCCGAGGUGGAUCAGAUUGCUGCAGUCCUUCUCCACAUGUUGCGGAACUCACCAGAGUUUAUUCAGAAGGCAGCCUGUCAGAGCCUGGGGAUGAUGGUAGAGAACGUGACUCCUACACGAGCAAUGACUGCUCUCAUGGACAAUGGAGUCAAGAGCCGCUACGUCCCUGCGCGGAAGUGUACGGCCGAACUCCUCCUGUCCUUGAUGGAGAAAAUGGGAGUCACGAAGCUUGCAGGCACACCCAUGGCUGAGAGGCUGGCACAGGUGGCAGGGACACUUGCUCAGGACAGUCACAAGGACACGAGGCAUUAUGGACAGGAGAUGGUGAAGAUGUUGCUUAGUAAUCAAAAAUUUAAAAAGCUUUUGGAACAAUCUCUUUCAACGCAUGACCUGGAAGAUAUCCUGAAGAGAAUUAAGAAGAAAGAAUACUGCCCUGCUGUCAAGCCCUGUGGAGCUGGAAGAAGCUUGGGGAUGGAAAACAACAAGGCUGAACUCCCACCUGUGCAGGAGCCGGUGAAGAAGAGGAAUGAUGGCUCCCAGAAGCCCCAGGCCACAUCACCUCCUAGCAAACGGGCAAAGUCUGCCACUGGUGGACGCCGCCUACGCCGUGCAAGAGCCCAGGUCACAUUACCUGCAUCUGUGGAAGAAAGGGAGCUGCUCCAGAAGCUUUACCAUCUCCUGGAAGCCAAGGCGUUCCAGACACGGAUGGAAGGAGUGGCACUCCUCCUAGACCUGUCCAAAACCAGACCCCAGCUCAUCUCCACUAACAUUGUUCAAAUUUUUGAUUAUUUUGGCCUGAGAAUCUGUGACACACAUAAGAAAGUGAAGCAGAAGGCGCUGGAGGCGCUGGCAGAAAUCAUAGGACUGCUGCAGGAUGCCAUGAACCCAUUGAUGAUCCGUUUGGUUGAAGGCAUAACAAAGAACCUAAACUCAAAGGAUCCCGGGGUUCAUGCUGCAGCUAUGACGGCACUGGACCAAUCUGUUGUGCAUUUAGAUGAAGUAUCACUGAUGAAAGAGCUCUGCCACCAAUGGAGACGACUGAGUGGCCAAGCUCUGCUGGAUGUCAUGGAGCGUAUCACAGUGCUUGUGGAAUGGGCUCAUGCCAGGAGCCCUGAAGCGGUCGAGCGCUACGCCCUGCCCGUGCUCUGGUCCUGCCUGGAGAACAAGGCGCUGCCUGUGCGAAGCGCCAACGUCUGCGCUGUGGUCACCAAGCUGGCCUGUGCCCUAUGUGAGGCACUGGGCAGCCAGAUCAUUAAGUUUGCUGACAGCACACCUCCACAUGUGCAGGAAAACCUCAACAGCCUUCUGGGCUGGUAACGGUUUGAUGUUCUCCAGAAAGCGGACAAGUUUCUGAGCUGGACACCACCGGACGUGACUUUUCAGCUGUGCCAGAAAUGACAAAAUACUAAGGAAGGGUGUGGAUCUGCCCCCGCUCUGUUAUCACCAUUGCCCUUCCUAGUCAUGACAUGGGGGGCCAGAAGCAACAGCAGACUGAUGACAAGGUGAAGAUGAAGUAUGGAUCAGCCUCAAGUGAACCCAGACUGAGGAAAAGGUGAAGACUAAGCAUGGAUCAGCCUGAAGCAACUGCAGACAGAGGACAAGAUGAAGACCAAGCAUGGAUCUGCCUCACACAGAGAUACGACUGGCUACAGUCUUUCCAAGAAGUUUUCUCUGGACAUUUCUGAUAUUCCCUUACCAAGAAAGUCCUUGCCUCCAGUCCAGAAAUGCUCUUUCUUCCAAGAUCAGGAAGAAGCUGCCAACUGUCCAAAGAAUGUUUCAAGAAUAGGAUUUAGGCUUUAGGAUUAUCAAGAAUAGGAUUCAUUAAGAAUAGGAUUCAUCAAGAAAAGUAUUCAUCAACAAUAGGAUUCAUCAAGAAUAGGAUUCAUCAACUAUAGGAUUCAUCAACAAUAGGAGUUAGGAUUUUGGAAUAGGUUUAGGCUUCAUAGUUGCAGAUGUAUCUAUGUUCUGAUAGUUUUGAAUAAAUGUGUUUGAUUGUAUAUUUAAA